GUUCGCUCUAGUGUCAAACUGUAUGGGGCCGGCUGGUCAUUCAAAUUUUGGAAUAUCAUCGAGGAAUCUUUUUGGAAUAUCACUCAGCAGUGAAGAAGCAGCGAGCAGGAGCACGUAGACACGAUGGCCAAGUUCGACCAGCUCCUACAGCUGGCGCAGAACCAUUCGUUUUCUAGUUCGGAUUUGCUCCCACAUCAAACAACGGAGCGCGAUGAGAACGAACGUUUGCUGUUGCACUGGGCAGCCAAGGCCGGUAACGUAAGAAUGGUGGAGCUGCUGGUCACCAAGCACCCCGAGCAGCUGGAAGCACAGGAUGAUAUGGGGUACACACCGCUAGUGCUGGCGGCACUGUGUGGCCAUCGGGCCGUGGUCGAGCUGCUGGUAGAGGCCGGGGCUAACCUGAACCACUGCACCACCCGGGGCCAUUCCGCGUUGCAGUAUUGCUGCUCACGGGGCCACCUGGGCAUCGCGACGAUCCUGCUGGAGGCCGGCGCACAGGUCGAUAUCGCCGAUCGUCUGCGCGAGACCCCGUUGCACAGGGCGGUCGUGAUGGGACACACGGCGAUCGUACAGCUGCUACUGGACAAGGGUGCCGAUAUCAACGCGAUCAACUCGACCGGCAACUCGCCGUUGCAUCUGGCGUGUAGUGAGGGGCAGGCAGGAUGCGCCCUAGCACUGGUACGACGCGGUGCGCGUAAGGACACGGGCAACGUGGACGGUGCCCUGCCACUGCAGCUGGCACCGCGCGAGAUCCAGCGCGCUAUCAGCGAAGCAAUGACUCGCCGGAACGAUGGCUAAAGGUCAUGCCCUGUUGCCCUGUUCUUGGUUCUUUGUUUCAUUCCACUCAUCAUUCGCCUCUUGUGUAAUCGUAAAAAAAACAUAUAAUCUUAAAAAAAGAUAUACAUACCUUAUAAUUAUUAUAACAGAGAAUGUUAGACAGGGUUAGGCCGAACAAUGUUUGGUUUUUUGGGUUAAAGUAAUGUAAUUUUGCGUAACUCUGUAUGGAUUCGCUGUUCUAAUAAUGGAUGUGUGUAUGUCUGUUUCCUUUUGGGUGCCGUACAGUUUGCAAAACGAGUGGAAAGGGAAGACAGGAUGUCUCGUUUAUAAAUGAAAGCAGAGAUUCACCAUAA